AUGGAUCAUAAAGGUACUAAUUUCGUAUCGUUUUUAAAUCCUAAUAAACGAUAUGUCUUUCGACACGGGGGUCAAUUUCAAAAAGCCUUUCAAGAUCUCAAAUUCACCAUUCUCAUCACUCCUAAUGAAAUUGACCCUCAUAUCGAAAUUGAUGACCUAACCAAAACCCUAGAGCCUUUCGCGCAACAAUCUCAUUCAUGGAAAACGACCCUCGC